AUGGAUCGACUCCCGCAAGAACUGCUACGCUUCAUCGUCGAAGACGUCGCCUACGAGAGUCUUGAACCCUUACGCCUUGUGAACAAAGCCUUGGCUGCCGCCGCUGCUCCCUUCCUGUUCGAGGUCAUUCCACUAUGGAUCGGUGUCCGAAGUUUAGAACGACUCACGGCCACCUCAGAGCACCCUCAGCUCUCUCAAUACCCGAAACAAAUCAUCUUGUCGCCGAUGAGAUUUAUCGACUAA